AUGAUGGGAAUUUCAUGCAACUUUGUUACUAUACUUUGCUGCUACAAACCCUUCACUCCAUCUUCUUCCUCCACCAACUUCACUUUUCCUUCUUUUUCUUCUUCUACUAUAACCAAUGGUGGCACGUGCAAGCUCACGUGGGACAAUAUUGUCCGAAAUUCUGAAUCAAAAGCAGCUCUAGAAGAGGACUCUUCUUCUUGUCUUCAAACUUACUUCCAUAAAGUCCAACUUUGCAACCGUAGCUCUGAUAAAAAAUCAGAAUUCCUUCCAUUUGUUGUUGAGGGCAACUUGGUUGGAUUCAUUCACAAUAGAUUUGUAGAGCAUUUAAGACGCUACAGUGAUGUGUUUGUUUUUCUGAAAGAUGAAAACUCCUCUGGUGACUAUGUUACAUUGCAUUCAUUACUAAAGACAGUUGAGGAAAGAACCGAUGCCGUUGGAUAUGUUGUUAAGUAUUUAGGUGAGGAGCACAUUCCUGGUAUACGAAAUGAGUUAUACCCGGUCAAAUCGUCUUAUCACACACCCGCUUUCUUUUUAUUAGAACGCGCUGCAGCUCCUUAUUUUGGCAUUAAGGCUUAUGCAAUCCAUGUAAAUGGCUAUGUUGAACUCAAUGAGCAGCAGCAUGUAUGGAUAGGAAAGAGAAGCCUCAUGAAAUCGACAUUUCCUGGAAUGCUUGAUAAUUUAGUUGCAGGAGGACUGCCGCAUGGAAUCGACUGUCGAGAAAAUGUUGUAAAGGAAUGUAAAGAGGAAGCAGGAAUUCCAAGAUCCAUCUCUAUUAAAGCUAGACCUGUUGGUGCUAUUUCCUAUAUGGACAUAGAUGGAUAUAAAUAUCAUAGAGAUGUUUUAUUUUGCUAUGAUUUGAAACUUCCUGAAAAUUUUGUACCAUAUAAUGAAGAUGGAGAAGUUGAAAGCUUCAAGUUAAUCCAUAUUAAGCAAGUUGAAGAAAUCGUUCGCAAGACACAAUUUUUCAAACCAACUUGUGCCAUUGUGAUUAUUGACUUCCUGAUUCGGCACGGAUACAUAACUCCUGAAAGUUUCGGAUAUUUGGAUCUCAUAAGAAGCUUAAGAAUAGGAGACUGUUCCUGAUACACAAAGGAUCAUUCAUGACUAUUGACUGAACAAAGGAAUUUACUGCCGUCU